GAUAAGAAUAUGAAUAUUAUAUUUUUUAAGUUGGCCCACACCACAGUCCACAGACCAUUGACCACAGGGCACAGUUAGUUUCAUACAAAUAAUAAUUAAUUGACUGAUAUUUUUUACGUUUUUCGAUUUCGGUAAAUACUAAAUUUAAAUCUUUACACUCAUUUUGGCGUAAAGAAAAUAUUCCGUUUCGUCAAUUGAUACCUAGAUUUUUUUUUUGUGUACUUCGUAGUUGUUAAUUCUAUACAUUAUAAUGGCAAGCGAUGAGAUUCCUUUUGCGAAAGCAAUCGCGAAAUACAGACCUCCUCCAAUAAAUAAAGACACUGCAAUCAACUACUACGCCCCGGUGUUUGGCUCAUUCAAUUAUGCAUUUUUAUCCAUCAACGUGAUGAACCCUGGGAUUUUGCAAAGAGUUCUACCCAAACCAGACCUCACAAAUAUAUUUUUGUUCAACUCUUGCCUCGGGUCGUUUCUAUUUAUCGCUGGACGCCCACAUCUCAGUGAAGCGCCUCUCAAACUGCGCGUAGCAUACAGCGUGUACGGAUCAAUUUUGUUCAACAUGGGAUCAGUAUUAUCAUGGGCUAUUUUACGUAGUUUAUUGCCGAAUAACUCUGGUUUGGCAACUGUUACUGGUCUAAUUUCAGGAUUCGCAUUGACUGGCUGUGGUGUUGCAUACUUGAAUUACAAUGACGAAGCCGUUAAAGCGAAUAAAAAGUAGAUAUUUGUCUUAUUGGUGAUUACUUAGUUAAAAUAAACUCCUAAGUUCUUUGUAGAGAUUAAAUUCCAAUUUCAUAUAGAGGGCUGAUUUUUAUUCUAUCAAUAAUUUGUUAUUAUUUCUGUUUUAUUUUUCCUUGUUUUUAUAGCUGGUAAUACCAGAAUUAUGAUAAGAACUAAUCCCAUUUUAUAAUAUUCAUAUUAUUCAAAAUUAAUAAAUAUAUUAUUUACACAUGAAUUUGAUUUUUUUUUUCAUAUUUACAUAAUGAUUUGUUAUUUAAAUUAAUUCAAUUUUGUCAUAAGGUAAUUGUCUGACAUAAUAUUAGUUAUAACUUACUUAUGCAUAAUAUAACUUAAAGUGUAUUAUUAUAAAGUGCAACACUGUAAUUUAUUAUAUAUAACAUAUUAUAUCAUAAUAUUAUUAUUAUGUUUUUUACACUCUCUUUAAAUACUAUAAUAUUAAUUAUGUUUUUAAUCAUACCAUUUCUAAUUUUGAACUUCAAUACUUAACAUAAUUUUAUAUAAUAUUUCUGGAUAUUUUCUUUAUAAAAAGUUAUAAGCAUCAAAUAAAGUGUAUUAUGCAUAAUGAACAAAUAUUUGAUUACUACCGAAUUUCAAUAUCAUAAACUUUAGUGUUUUAUAAUUUUUUUAUCGCUUAUGAAUUAGGUAUAAUACAAAUAAUAAAAUAUACAAUGUAACAUUUAAUAAACAAAAUUGUUUUUAUUAUUAUUAGAUAAAGUAAUUUAAUUUAAUUAUUAUAUUAUAUAAUCUUAAUUUAUCACUAUGAUUAAAAAUAAAUGACUGCCUACUUUCAUUAUUAGUGUUUUUAACGACAAUGAAUUAACAGUUCAUAAUGUUAAUACAAAUUUAGUACUAAGUUAUACAAAUAAUAGAUAAUAAUAAUGACAAAAUAUUAUAAUCUACUCAUCGCCCCUGAAGAUAAAUUAAUCUUCAAACUCAUAUAAUAUCAAUUAAAAGUAAAUUAAUAGUAAUAAAGCAUUUAGCAAAUUGCUAAGAAAAAUAUUGUACGUGACACGCACAUAUUCAAAACUAUUGUCGUACUCAUAAGAUAUUAUUAGACAUUUUGUAAUUUUUAGAACUAACAAUAAAGUGUUUUGUUAAGUGUACAUA